AUGGCAGUAAUUAACCAACCCAACAGUCAGAUCAGAUUGACUAACGUUUCGUUAGUCAGAAUGAAAAAAGGUAAGAAGAGAUUCGAAAUAGCGUGUUACCAAAAUAAAGUUCAAGACUGGAGACUGAAAGUUGAAAAGGAUCUUGAUGAAGUAUUACAAAUUCCUCAAGUAUUUCAAAAUGUAUCUAAGGGACAAGUAGCCAAUAAUGAUGAUUUAAAGGAAUCAUUUGGUACUACUAAUCAAGAACAAAUUAUUUUAGAAAUUUUAAAUAAGGGAGAAAUUCAAUUAAAUGAAAAGGAAAGAUCAGCUAAUUUACAACAAAAACAGAAUGAAUUUUUAACUAUUAUUUCAACUAAAUGUAUAAAUCCAAAAUCAAAGAAAAGAUAUCCACCAUCGAUGAUUCAAAAGGCAUUGAAUGAAAUUAAAUUUCAUUUAAAUCCAACAAAACCAGCUAAAUUACAAGCUUUAGAUGCAAUUAAAUUACUUGUAGAGAAACAAAUUAUUCCAAUUGCUAGAGCACAAAUGAAGAUUAAAAUUGUAUUAAUAAGAAAAUUACAUCCUAAAGUAUUUAAUGAUGAAAUUAUUCAAUAUAUAGAUCAUAUAGAAGAUGAAGAUAAGACUGAUAAAACUUUUCAAUGUGUGGGGAUAAUAGAUCCAAUUAAUUAUAGAAAAUUAGUUAGUAUAAUUGAAGAAGGUGAAGGUAAAAAAGUGGCUAAAGGUGAAGGUAGUAUUGAAGUACUUGAUAUGGCAGCCAUUAAGGAGACAUAA